AAAAUUUCAGCAGAGAGAAAUAGAGAGAGCAGUGUGUGUGCAUGUGUGUGUAUGACACGGAGGGAGAGGCAGAGAGAGGGAGGCCGGCGGGCGCCACGGCCAAGGCAGGGAGCGAGGCAGGCGGACACAGGGAAGAAGCCUGCGCGCCCAGAGUCACAGCUUUCCGGAGGAGGCGUGCAGCGAACCGGCUUCUAUUUUCUUUUUCUUCUCCUUUUUUUCUUUUUUUAAAGAGCAGCAGGGGACAGAAAUCACGGCUGAGGGAGAAGACAAGCUGAAGUGCUGGUGACCCUGGGCGUCCAAGUGGAUUAUCGGGGCUGCUCUCCGGAGGCCUGUCCUCCCUGCCUUCUAGUUGCACAUAACCCAGCAUCCCAGCCAAGGAAGACGAGAGGCAGCGUGAACAAAGUCAUUUAGAGAGCCCCCGAGGAAGUGUAAACAAAAGAGAAAGCAUGAAUGGAGUGCCUGAGAGACAAGUGUGUCCUGUACUGCCCCCACCUUUAGCUGGGCCAGCAGCUGCCCAGCCCUGCCUCUCCCCACCUACUCACUGGUGAUCUGACUUUUUUUUUGUUGUUUAACAAGUUUUUUUGUUCUUUUCUUCUCCAUUCUCUUUUCUUAUUCUCCUUCAGGGCAAGGCAAGGAUUUUGAUUUGGGGACCCAGUCAUGGUCCUUCUCCUUCUUUUUUAAAAUAUCUACUUUCUCCCCAUCGCCAAGAGGCGUUUGGCAAUAUCAGAUAUCCGCUCUAUUUAUUUUUACCUAAGGAAAAACUCCAGCUCCCUUCCCACUCCCAGCUGCCUUGCCACCCCUCCCAGCCCUCUGCUUGCCCUCCACCUGGCCUGCUGGGAGUCAGAGCCCAGCAAAACCUGUUUAGACACAUGGACAAGAACCCCAGCGCUACAAGGCACACAGUCCGCUGCUUCGUCCUCAGGGUUGCCAGCGCUUCCUGGAAGUCCUGAAGCUCUCGCAGUGCAGUGAGUUCAUGCACCUUCUUGCCAAGCCUCAGUCUUUGGGAUCUGUGGAGGCCGCCUGGUUUUCCUCCCUCCUUCUGCACGUCUGCUGGGGUCUCCUCCUCUCCAGGCCUCGCCGCCCCCCUGGCUUCUCUCCCGGGCUCGCACAUGAAGAUGCACUUGCAAAGGGCUCUGGUGGUCCUGGCCUUGCUGAACUUUGCCACAGUCAGCCUCUCUCUGUCCACUUGCACCACCUUGGACUUUGGCCACAUCAAGAAGAAGAGGGUGGAAGCCAUUAGGGGACAGAUCUUGAGCAAGCUCAGGCUCACCAGCCCCCCUGAGCCAUCGGUGAUGACCCACGUCCCCUAUCAGGUCCUGGCCCUUUACAACAGCACUCGGGAGCUGCUGGAGGAGAUGCAGGGGGAGAGGGAGGAAGGCUGCACUCAGGAAAACACCGAGUCGGAAUACUACGCCAAAGAGAUCCAUAAAUUCGACAUGAUCCAGGGGCUGGCGGAGCACAACGAUCUGGCCGUCUGCCCCAAAGGAAUUACCUCCAAGGUUUUCCGCUUCAACGUGUCCUCAGUGGAGAAAAAUAGAACCAACCUGUUCCGAGCAGAAUUCCGGGUCUUGCGGGUGCCCAACCCCAGCUCCAAGCGCAGUGAGCAGAGGAUUGAGCUCUUCCAGAUACUUCGGCCAGAUGAGCAUAUCGCCAAACAGCGCUAUAUCAGUGGCAAGAAUCUGCCCACACGGGGCACUGCAGAGUGGCUGUCUUUUGAUGUCACCGACACUGUGCGUGAGUGGCUGUUGAGAAGAGAGUCCAACUUAGGUCUGGAAAUCAGCAUUCACUGUCCAUGUCACACCUUUCAGCCUAAUGGAGAUAUACUGGAAAACAUUCAUGAGGUGAUGGAAAUCAAAUUCAAAGGUGUGGACAAUGAGGAUGAUCACGGCCGUGGAGAUCUGGGGCGCCUCAAGAAACAGAAGGAUCACCACAACCCUCAUCUAAUCCUCAUGAUGAUUCCCCCGCACCGGCUUGAUAACCCAGGCCAGGGGGUGCAGAGAAAGAAGCGGGCCCUGGAUACCAAUUACUGCUUCCGCAACUUGGAGGAGAACUGCUGUGUGCGCCCCCUCUACAUUGACUUCCGACAGGAUCUGGGCUGGAAGUGGGUUCAUGAACCCAAGGGCUACUAUGCCAACUUCUGCUCAGGCCCUUGCCCAUACCUCCGCAGUGCAGACACAACCCACAGCACGGUGCUGGGACUGUACAACACCCUGAAUCCUGAAGCAUCUGCCUCACCUUGCUGUGUGCCCCAGGACUUGGAACCCCUGACCAUCUUGUACUAUGUCGGGAGGACCCCCAAGGUGGAACAGCUCUCCAACAUGGUGGUGAAGUCUUGUAAGUGUAGCUGAGACCCUGCCUGCGACACACAGAGAGAAGAGAGAACUGCCACUGCCUGACUGCCCACCCCUUGGGGAAACACAAAAGCAACAGACCUCACCUAGAGGCCUGAAGCCCACAACCUUUGGCUCCAGGCAAUGGCUGAGAUGGAGGUUUCCUUUUGGAACAUUUCUCUUUCUUGCUGGCUCUGAGAAUCACUGUGGUAAAGAAAGUGUGGGUUUGGUUAGGGGAAGGCCGAAAUCUUCAGAAGACACAGAUUUUCUGUGAUGUAGACAGAGGUGGUGGGGAUAGAGGAAGAGGGAAGGCAAGUCGAUAUGGCAUGUGGCCAUGGGAUUUGGGCUACUGUAGGGAGGAGGAAGGGCAGAGAAUGGCCGGGUCAGGGCCAGCCUGGAAGACACUUUGGAUUUGAGGUCAGAUUUGCUCAUUUCUGUUUCACAUGUGCUCUAGGGAAUCUGGAUUACUUUACACAAGGCAAGCAUUUUUAUUCAGACAGGUUUCCAAGACAAAGUCCCAGAAUUGUAUCUGUACUACUUGGGAUUAAGGACAAAUCUGUUAUUUUUCCAAUCAGCACCAUGGGUCGUUACAGGGAGAAAAUCCAGAUAAUGUACUUCCCAGGCCAUCAUCUAUAUUGGACCCUAUGGAUAUGCUGAACUUAGAAGCUAGAGUGGAAAUUAACCCUUUCCUUUCUGCCCUCUGCGUCCCUCCUCUCGCCUUCUUCCUUGGUCAUAUUUCCCCUUGGACAUUUGGCUAGAUACUUUCCAGGUCAGGGUGCACAUAUCUGGAUUUUGGGUCCAUGCAGCCUUGGGGCAUUAUGAGUUUUUCCCCCUUCCCUCCCAAGACCCUGUGUUCAUUUGGUGUUCCUGGAAGCAGGUGCUACAACAUGUGAGGCAUUCGGGGAAGCUGCACAUGUGCCACACAGUGACUUGGCCCCAGACGCAUAGACUGAGGUAUAAAGACAAAUACAAAUAUUACUCUCAAAAUCUUUGUAUAAAUAAAUAUUUUUGGGGAAUCUUGGAUGAUUUCAUCUUCUGGAAGAUUGUUUCUAGAACAGUAAAAGCCUUAUUCUAAGGUGUAUGUCUGACUCGAUGAAUAUCCUUAAUUACCCUUUUUCUUAAUUGCAUGUCUGCAUAUACUAAUCAAAGGUAACUGGAAUCUAGGGCAGAAAAUCUCUCGAACAUCAAAUACAUUGUUUAGCCUGCUAUACCUGCUAUACCCUUCACAGUGGGCCCACUGCGCUGCCUUCAGCCAUGUGAGAAGACUGCGCUAUUGUUUGUGCUUCCUUCCUUCUUGCAGAGUUUAUUAUUCUCAGACACACAGAGGCAGUGGCUCAGAUUUGAAGAAAGCAUACGAAUUUGACCUCCAGAUAACUGUGGGCAUAACCACUUGGUGUGAACCCCUGCAUAUGGAAAUGUGGUUUGUACAUUAUAAAUUACCAACAUCUUCAUUUUUGAAAAUCUCAUCUCAUCCCCCAUAUCAGUUGAGAGUUGGAGAAACUGUGGUAAAUGGCCUAAGAAUAUGAGGCUAAUUCUGUUAUCUGUUAUCUGGUUUAUUACCAAGAGAAGUCCAGUACCAGUAAGAAUGACUUGAAAGCACUUGGGUACGUGAAGGGAGAUAUCGGGAGUCUGGUCUUAGCACCUGAUCAGCACACGGUGAACGUAGUAAGAAACCAACUUGAGGAUUUAAUUUCUGAUUGGUUACCUACAAUAAUUCCAAGCACUGUAGUUGGCCUAAAAGUACUUUUACUGGGUUCAUACCCUUUUAUCUCUUUUCACAAGACUCAUACGUUGAGUGCCCCCCAAACUCCUUAUUUUCCAAUUCUACACAUCAGCAGGGGACUAUGCAGGAAUCUAAUUUGUCUCCGAACCAACUCACAACCAAGUGAGCAGACAGUUAAGGUGAUCCUCAAACUACUAUCCAGAAGUUUCAGGAACACCUGUAAUACAUUCUCUCUUCUCUCCUGCAACCAACAGACCUCAUCCUUAGCAAGCAAAAAAAAAAAAAGCUUCAAUGUGCCCAACCUUUGUUUUCAUUAACUAAGAAGGCAAUAAAGUCCCUUUUCUGCC